ACUCACUCAUCCACCACAGCUUAGCAGCAACCACCAGUGCCUUACACACUAUCCAUCAACAAACUCUAGCUGAUCAGUUGCAUAGCAAGCAAUGGGGUGCUCUAAAACCCUAGUAGCUGGCCUGUUCGCCAUGUUGUUCCUAGCUCCGGCCGUCCUGGCCACCGACCCUGAUCCUCUCCAGGAUUUCUGUGUCGCUGACCUCGACGGCAAGGCGGUCUCGGUGAAUGGGCACACGUGCAAGCCCAUGUCGGAGGCCGGCGACGACUUCCUCUUCUCGUCCAAGUUGGCCAAGGCCGGCAACACGUCCACCCCGAACGGCUCGGCUGUGACGGAGCUCGAUGUGGCCGAGUGGCCUGGUACGAACACGCUGGGCGUGUCCAUGAACCGGGUGGACUUCGUGCCAGGGGGUACAAACCCGCCGCAUAUCCACCCCCGCGCCACCGAGAUCGGCAUCGUGAUGAAAGGUGAGCUGCUCGUGGGAAUCCUCGGCAGCCUUGACUCCGGGAACAAGCUCUACUCGAGGGUGGUCCGGGCCGGAGAGACCUUCCUCAUCCCGCAGGGCCUCAUGCACUUCCAGUUCAACGUCGGUAAGACCGAGGCCUCCUUGGUCGUCUCCUUCAACAGCCAGAACCCCGGCAUCGUCUUCGUGCCCCUCACGCUCUUCGGCUCCAACCCGCCCAUCCCAACGCCGGUGCUCACCAAGGCACUCCGGGUGGAGGCCGGGGUCGUGGAACUUCUCAAGUCCAAGUUUGCCGCUGGGUUUUAAUUUCUGGGAGCCUUCCCUGAAAUGAUCAAUAUAUAAUUCCAUAUAUGCAUGCUAGCAAAAUUUAAUAAUUCUCACCAGAAGACAUGUAUUCAAGUUUCAGGUUAAUCUCGCAUGCAGUCGUGUAAUAAGAUUGAAUAAGUUAGCCUCAUGGUGUAGCCUUUGAUCAGAACCAAUAUGAGGAAUUGAAUGUACUACUUUUUAUUGUCGUCUUUGUUCUUUUCACUGAACGGAAUAUAUAAUAAGCAUUUUCGUA